AGUGUAAUGUUCAAGCUCAGAGAUGCCUUAUGUGGAUCGCCAGAAUCGUAUUUGUGGUUUUCUGGACAUUGAAGAAAAUGAAAACAGUGGGAAAUUUCUUCGAAGGUACUUCAUACUGGACACCAGAGAAGAUAGUUUCGUAUGGUACAUGGAUAAUCCACAGAACCUCCCUUCUGGAUCAUCCCGGGUUGGAGCCAUUAAGCUUACCUACAUUUCAAAGGUUAGCGAUGCAACUAAGCUAAGGCCAAAGGCAGAGUUCUGUUUUGUUAUGAAUGCAGGAAUGAGAAAAUACUUCCUUCAAGCCAAUGACCAGCAGGACCUAGUAGAAUGGGUCAAUGUGCUAAACAAAGCUAUAAAAAUUACAGUACCAAAGCAGUCUGACACACAACCUCACUCUGAUAAUCUCUGUCGCCAGGGCGACUAUCCCUGUUCAAAGAAGCAAGUGUCCUAUAGAACUGACAUCGUGGGCGGCGUUCCCAUCAUUACGCCCACUCAGAAAGAAGAAGUCAGUGAAUGUGGUGAAAGUGUUGACAGAAAUAAUUUGAAGCGAUCCCAAAGCCAUCUUCAUUACUUUAAUCCGAAACCUCCUCCAGACAGCGCAGUGAUCAAAGCCGGGUACUGUGUAAAGCAGGGAGCUGUGAUGAAAAACUGGAAGAGACGAUAUUUUCAGUUGGAUGAAAACACAAUAGGCUACUUCAAAUCUGAACUGGAUAAGGAACCUCUGCGGGUCAUACCACUAAAGGAGGUUCACAAAGUCCAGGAGUGUAAGCAGAGUGACAUAAUGAUGAGGGACAACCUAUUUGAAAUUGUAACAACAUCUCGAACUUUCUACGUGCAGGCCGACAGCCCCGAGGAGAUGCACAGCUGGAUCAGAGCCGUCUCGGGCGCCAUCGUCGCCCAGCGGGGACCCGGCCGCUCAGCGUCUUCUGAGCAUCCCACCUGCCCUGCAGAAUCCAAACACGCCCCCCGGCCCGCAGGCGCGUCUGCAGCCCCCCCACAUUCCACAGCCACUCGCAGCAGCUCUCUGGUCUCAAGCUUUGCCCUGGAGAAGCGAGGAUUUUACGAAUCUCUUACCAAGGUCAAGCCAGGGAACUCCAAGGUCCAGACUGUCUCUCCAAGAGAACCAGCUCACAAAGUGAGCGAGCAAGCUCUUCCCAGAGCUCAGAGUCACAACGGCCCUCAGGAGAAGGACGGCGGCCCUGUGGACUUGGACGACGCGAGCCUUCCGGUCAGUGACGUGUGAAGAUGCAGGAAGGGCUCGACCGCCUCAUCGCCCCUUCAUCUCCCUUCAGGAGGCUUCUCGCCAAAGAUGAUCAAGAGUGAAAUGGUUUUGAAUGCACAUGUUCUGCGGCCUUGUAGUCGCACACUCUCUAUGCUGGGAAACCAAGAGUCCAGGGUGUGGCCAAACUCAGUGUCAUUUCUUU